AAAUAUUUGUGCUUAAGAUGACAGUUAUGCAACGUGCGACGUACACCCAUUGAUGAGGGAAAUGUGCUGUCUGUCUUCUGUUUCUCGAGCGACUGCAGGGCAGCUUGUACGCCGAACGCGUUUCUGCUUUUAUGCACUUCGCAGCCACAAACUCGCUUUUGCGCUGCAAAGGGCUGUUGAGAAGCCUGCGUUUUCUUCUCUGCUGGAGAAUAGUCUGGCUGAUUGUAGGCGUAGAUUGUUGAGCUGGGGGGUUGGGGGCGUCACAACUAGCUGGGAGAGCCGAGCCAGUGCAGGAACACAUCGCGAAUGAAGAACACGGACCCGCUUUCUCGUCAUGGAUCUCGCAGACUCUCCCGCCAAGAAACGAGCUGAGUAAUGGACUCUCUCUUCAGCAGCGAGCUGAGUCUUCUGGGAAGCGUGGAGGGUUUGCGGGAGGACGGCUGUGGGAUGGGCUGGCCCAGCUCGCCGCUCUCUGAAGACAUGUACCCCAGCUCGCACUUCGCCCUGGCGGCCGCCUACCACGACAUCAAGAGCCGGCUAGCCAGCCUUGAGCGUGAGAACAUCAGCAUCAAGCACAAGCUCAAGAACUACGAGGUCAAGUUCCCCAUGAUCAGUGAGUUUGGAGAGGAGCGAAGCCCCUGUUGCUCCUGUGAUCCCAAAGAGUCCAGCCUCAUGAUGAGUGACAGCAGCAGCCUGCAGCAGAACAUCAACUCCCUCACACAGGAGCUUCUGAAGAGCAAGGAACGGGAGGAGAGGCUGGAGGACGUCAUCCAGGCAUAUGAGAAGAUCCACCUGGAAAAGAGCAAUGUGCAGAGAGACCUGGAUAAGAUGACCACUCUAGCGGAGCAGCACGUGGAGCGUAUCUGUGGUCUGGAGGCAGCCGUGAGACAGAGGGACGACUCCCUGCAAAAGCUCAGCUCUCGCCUGCGCAGUGGCAAAGACUCUCCACUAGAGGCGCAGCAGCAGCCGUAUGUGCGCACCAAAGACACACACCACCUGCAGCUACACACCAGCCUGGACGUGUACCGCGAGUGCCGUGGGCCAACUCUGCAGAGCUCCCGCAGCCUGGAUGCUCUGUCUGACCUCAAAGUGCAGAGGCUGGAGGCGGAGCUUGAGGGGGCACGGCAUGAGGCCCAGGACGCGUGUCAGAGGGAGGAGGAGCUGAAGGCGGAGUUACAGCAACUUCAGGAAGAGAUUCGGCAGCUACAGGAGAGUCAGACACAGGAAAUGCCAGCAACCUGUGAACACUGUGAUGUGGAAUGGAUCAAGAAGGCAGGAGAUGAACAAGUGAAUCUGGCUCUUGCCUACACUGAGCUCACAGAGGAGCUGGGCCGUGUUCGCUCUCUGGCUGCCAAACAGAGUGAGAUCCUUAGGCAAUCUGCCCAAGAGCAGCAGAGCCCAGUCUCUCGCCACUCUCCUGCCUCCCAGCGCUGCUCACCCUCUUCUCAACGCCCUUCCCCAGACCGCCUCCGCCCUUCACCCCCCAUCUCCCCCCCGGCAGGCCCCACCUCUUACACAAGCCGCCCUCCAACCAGGUGGCUGCGAGAGCGCUUCCAGGGUCGCCGUAGUUACUCCGAGAUGUCUGACCCCUCGUCUCACGGUCGCCAGCCCAUCCACGCCCGGCUGCUGUGCGACCCAGUGUCCACCCUCCCCAAGCCGCGAUCCAUGGGUGGGGGCGAGGCGGGGGGAUACCAGUGGCUGCCCAGGGCAUCUCUGGGCAGUGCCAGGCCUGCGUCUGCCCACGGAGGCAGCCUAGGGGGAGGCUUGGGGGGGAGUUUGGGCGGCAGUCCGGCACGUCGCCACCACGGCCUGGAGCUGGGGUUCCCACUGGUGGAGAUGCGCCACCUCUGCCGCCUGGAGAACCCAUCCAUGGUGGCCGCGCUCGCACCUACCCCGCUGGUCACACCGCCGCAGUCCUCCGACGAGGAGGAGGAGGACUGGCACUGCCCGUCGCCCGUGCAAAGCCCACCAAGGACGCUGGGCGCUAUCCUGCCCCCCUGCCCGCCAUUCCCCGCCCCGGAGGGACCCAGCACCCUGACUUGCCACCUACAGGGGCAUCUCCAUGCCGACCAUUGCCAGUCAUGGCCCUCCAUCAAUCUGUGGAUGGAGACGGAGGAGAAUGCGGCCCGCAGCUGCCCGCUCUGCCAGCUCACCUUCCCCACCAACUACCCGGACGACGCCCUCAUCAAACACAUCGACACGCACCUGGAGAACAGCAAGAUCUGAGCAACACUGCUCCUAGUGGUCACAGUGGUAAUUUCACCACAGCAGCUGGCCAGGCUAGGAAUGGAAAGGACCAUCUUUGGGAAAAAGACCCAGGUUGUUUUUCCUUACUAAAGCAACUGUACAGUGUUCUUCCCUCCGCCCUGUAUGUCCCACUGGGAUACCUGAGCCAUAUUUUAAAACCAGAUAUUUUAUUCUCCCUACUAGGGCACUCAGCUGAUGAAAUGGGAGUGCUCCUCAAGGGUGAUUUAGCUUAAUAGCUUGGUAAUGCAUUUCUAACUAUAUAGUUUUUCCUAAUCAUUUUUUCCUACACUGUAAAGAUAUGAUGUGAAGAGGAGAGUCAGAAGGAGAGAGAAAGAGGGAGAGAACGAGAGAGAGAUAGAAAGUCUUCACUGAGCAUUGAGGAUGCUGGAGAACUGGGCUGUUUCAUCCAGACUCUGAAGCGGAACUACUCUUUAUUACCCCAUAGGGAGAGGACAUUAUUUUGAAAGACUACGGGGCCUCUGGUAGUGGUGUCCAUUUUGUCGUUAGAGGCCAUUACCAUAGUUUCUUGGAUGCGACCACAUGGACACACCAUUUGGCAAGCACUGACACCAAGCUGCCAGUAUGUUGACAUUUUCCAUUUGGUAGCUUGGUAGGACAUAUACCCGUAGAGGUAGAAGAUGAAGGGCUCAAAAUCAAUCACUCUUAUUAGAAUCUUUGUAAACUCUCAUGAUUUGAGCAGUCUCUGCACUAACUUUGGAUGUGAAUUCUUGCCACCACUUCUGCUGUGUUUUAAGGCAACCACAGGAAAGGUUAAAUACGGGUGAACAGACAGUAAAUGCCAUAGGAACUCAUAUUUGCAGAACGCUUUUGAGGACUGAAGGCCCACAUUAUGUGAAACUACUGAUGCUGGUAUUUAAUCUUUGUGCCGUGGAAAGGGCACAGCACCUGGUGAUUCUUAACUUAAAAUACCUCGUGUCAAUAUGCCAUCCGAUAGCGGUGUUAGAUUUGUGUUAGAUUUUUGUGUACAUACAUGACACCCUUUAGAAUGACUCCCAUCUCCCCUAGUGGAAACCAUAUGACAUUUCUUAAGCCAUUUAAACCAAGGCAUGUUCCACAUGAUUCUUGGCUACUGUAUAGCAUAAAACAUUAAAAUGAA